GGCGCGCAAUGGAAACGGGAUGCUGGCUGCUGGGCGGCGAAUUCGAGGACUCGGUGUUCGAGGAGAGGCGGGAGCGGCGGCCUGGACCACCCGAGUCGUACCGCGCCAAACGCUGCGAGCCGCAGUGGUUUUAUGAAGAAACAGGGAGCAGCGAUGAUGUUGAAGCUCUGACUGUCCAGAAAUUCAAAGGGGACCUGGCCUACAGACGGCAAGAGUAUCAGAAAGCACUGCAGGAGUAUUCCAGUAUCUCAGAAAAACUGCCAUCUACAAAUUUUGCCAUGAAAAGGGAUGUCCAGGAAGGCCAGGCUCGAUGCCUUGUUCACCUGGGAAGGCACAAGGAAGCCCUGGAGAUUGCCACAAACUUGGAAAAUAAAGCAACUAACACAGACCAUUUAACCACUGUACUCUACCUCCAGUUUACUAUUUGUUCCAGUUUGCAGAACUUGGAGAAAACCAUUUUCUGCCUACAGAAACUGAUUUCUUUGCAUCCCUUUAAUCCUUGGAACUGGGGCAAAUUGGGAGAGGCUUACCUGAACCUGGGGCCAGCGCUGUCAGCAUCGCUUGCGUCAUCUCAGAAAGAGAACAGUUUCACCUCAAGUGACACGGCUAUCAAAUCCUCCUUUCCCCACUCAGGAAAAGACUGUCUUUUGUGUUUCCCUGAAACUUUGCCUGAGAGCUCUGUGGAAGUAAGCAGUGGUAACAAGCAAAAGAGUGAGAAAGCUCUUAAAAAUAUUCAAAACCGUAUGACAGAAGAGAGAGCAGCAGUGUUGCUAGAAACUGAGAUGAAAGCCUGUGCCUCUUUUAUACGAACCAGGCUUUUGCUUCAGCUUGCCCAAUCUCAGCAAACAUCGUUUGCUUUGGAGAGGAACUUAAGGACUCAGCAGGAAAUUGAAGAUAAAAUAAAAAGGUUCAGCUUCAAAGAAGACACUUUGCUGUUGAUAGCAGAGGUUAUGGGCGAAGAUAUCGUCCCAGAAAAAAUCAGAGACGAGGUUCACACAGAGGUCAAGUGUGUUGGCCCCGCGGCCCUGACUACCUUGGUGAUCGGGUCUUCGAAAGAGUUUGAAGACAAGUGGUUCAGAAAGAUCAAAGACCACUUCUGUCCCUUUGAAAAUCAGUUCCACACAGAGAUACAGAUCUUGCCUUAGUGGUCCCUAUAAAAACAAAAAACAUCUUGUACUGUAUUAAGUGUUCUGGUUUACUUCAGAUAGAAUCCUCUGCUAAUCAUGGAAUAUACUGAAUUAAAAAUAAUCAUCUAUGUUUUAUAAAAAUGGC